AUCUUUAGCAGCAUGGCAGCACUGUGAGUGCAUUUGUUUAAGAACGUGGACAAUUUGUUAUUAACAAUUUAUAAUAUUAAUAUAAAAGAACAAUAUGAGGCUUAGUACCUAUAACUUUCUAACAUCUAAAGCCAUAAAAGGUGUGAAGGUUGGAUUUCCGCUAAAGUUGACGAUUGCAAAAAAAGACAUUAUUGAAAGCGAAUUCAAUCCCACAUUCGUAGAACGGUUACUUCCUCGACUGGAUUGGUCAGCAAUACGUUUGGCUGCGGAAGUGGUUGACUUGGGUGAUGACAUUCCCGCCGAACAACCCACGAAUAUUGGUGAGAAUGAAGAAUUGUUAAAGAAACUCCAUCAUUUGCUACUCGAAAUCGAUGUGCUUGAAGGGCAAUUGGAGUGUCCCGAAACGGGCCGUAUUUUCCCCAUAACAGAGGGUAUACCAAAUAUGUUACUAAAUGAAGAUGAGGUUUAAGAUAUUCAUAAGAACAUAAGUGGCUGCUCACGUCAAUGUUUCUUUUACUUACUUAAAUGUAUAUAUUAAGUUAUUUUUAAAUAUUCUAAAUGAAAGAAAGUUUAGUUAUC